GAAUUUUUUUCCUUUAAUAACGUCAGUCACAUUCAUUAGGCAGGAACUUUAUUUUUAAAAGGAAAAGAGUUUUUCAAAACUAGCCGGUUUUUGUAGUUAAUUAAAUUUCUCGCAUAUUCUGAGAAAAUAUUACUAAUUUAGUAAGAAAGGCAACGCAAUGGAAAAAAUUUACAUUUCCUUGUCUGGUGGUGGUGGCGUGAUGCUGCAACGCUGUUGGGCGUUUUUAGUCAUUUUUCUUGUGAGCGGCUUUGCUUUUGCUUUAACACAAGCCAUACCAGAAACCGGGACAGUUAGCGGUAAUGGUGAAAUGAGGCAUAAGGAAGCGGUAAUAGAAUUGACCGAAGAUAAUUGGCGUUUAAUGUUAAAAGGAGAAUGGAUGGUCGAGUUUUUUGCUCCGUGGUGUCCAGCCUGUAAGAAUUUGGCUCCCACUUGGGAACGAUUCGCUGUAACUUCUGUGGAUCUCGGUGUUAGCGUAGCCAAAAUAGAUGUGACCACUUCAACUUCAUUAAGUGGACGUUUUUUUGUUACUGCCUUGCCAACGAUUUAUCAUGUUAAGGAUGGCGAAUUUCGUCAAUAUCGUGGAAGUCGCGAUUUUGAUGCCUUAAUAUAUUUUAUCAAACAAAAACAGUGGAGCAAACUGGAGCCCAUUUCGGCCUGGAAGAAACCGGACACCGUGCACAUGUCUAUUCUUUCAUACAUUUUUAAGUUAUCACAUACUUUAAAGGAAUUUAAUGCUCGUUUGCAAGAAGAAUAUGGUUUACCCACUUGGGCUGCCUAUGCUUUCUUUGCAAUCGGUACGAUAUUUGUGGGAGCCGCUUUAGGUUUAAUGUUGGUUUGUGUUAUUGACUUCCUUUAUCCGCCUAAAAAAACUCAACGACAGAGUUUUUCGGAAGCCAAAGAAAAACAACAAAACGGCAUCGAAGAUAUAGCCAACGAUGAAAUCGAGGAUGAGGAAAUCAACGAAAAUGAAGAAGAUGAAGAGGUUACAGGCGCCGGUGAGGACGAGGAACAAAAUGAGGAUAUUGAUGAUGUCUCCUCUUCUGACGGGGAAAAGCAUUCACCUAGUGAGUCGGACGACGCAGACAGUGAAAAGAACAAGACUGAAGCGGCUAAAAUUGAAGACGAAAAGUCGAGUGAAGAAAAAUCCGCUACUACUAGUCCCAGUGAAGUUCGCAAACGUAAGCCACGCAAAGCUGAUUAAGGAAAAUAACUGAAAUGCGUCUUUAGCAUGCAUAACCCUCGUCGGCGUUUUACGAACAAAUUCUUAACGGUAUUUAAUUUUUCCUUUUUUUUUUACUUUGAUGGGCGAAUGAAAAUUGAUGGGAGAAAGAAAUGAUGCAGAAA